AUGGCGCCGAAUGCAACUACGACACAUACCUCAACAUGCGACUACGUGCCCGAGUUCACGGGCGUGUGUUGUCCCGUUUGUGCGUACCCGAUAACUGCUGUCGACUUGUACUUUGGAACACCAGCACCGAUUGUUGACAAGUUGCCAAAGUUUCAACAACAACAACAACAACAACAAACGAGAGCCGUGUCAUCCCCGGUUGCCGAAAUUCCAGUUGCUCUUAUUCUGCCUCCCCCGGUUAAUGGACGCUCGGCUGUGUGUUGGUCCGACGAAGGGCGAGUUCCAGAAAUAGACUUCGAUCUGGAGGUUGUGUCCUUGCUUUCGCGACGGGGUCGGGAACCUUGCCAAACGAUUCUUGCUAUUUUUCUCUUUUUGUUCGAUUCAUCGGGGUUUAAGCUCAAGGCGGCUUUCACCAUGUUGGACCAGAACAAGGACGGAGCAGUGAACGCAUCCGAGUUGCAGAACAUGCUUUUGAAUCUCGGCAUUCAUCUCAGAGAGGAAGUGAUUGAGGAACUCAUCAAGCAAGCGGGCUGCAAAGGU